AUGCAGAACGAGUUCACCUUCGAGGUUGAGCUGCGACGGACACCAGACACGCCACUGGGUAUAGACUUGAUCCUUGCCAAGACUAAAUUGGAUGGGAGCUUGCUAGUGGUGGAGAAGGUGAGGCCCGGUGGCUUGAUUGAGGAGUGGAAUCGCAAUGCUGUUGGGCCUUAUCGCGUGCAAGCAGGAGAUCUCAUCGCAAGUGCCAAUGGGGUGCAAGAUGAUGCCGAUGCUAUUUCUAAUCUAUUGCGAAGUGCUCAGGACGUACUUCGCAUUACGGUUCUGCGAAAGCAGUUGCUAGACUCGCAAUUCUUACCCACCUCGCAGGUGCCACAAGCACCGGUGGAGCGUGCAAGCCCCAUGCUCCAGUCCGCAGUAGGAUCCAUGACAAGAAUGGCUGCAAACCCACGGCAAGUGGAAGGCCUAGGCCAGCACUGUGGCCGCAUACCUACGCCGGCAGUAACCAUGCCAGAACCACCUAGCAAGACAACCCCCGAAGGAUUCACUUUUGAAGUGACUCUUCACAAGCCCUAUGGAGCAUAUUUGGGGAUUGACAUGCUGCCAGCACCGGAAGUCGCCUGCCUGAUGGUCAAGCAGGUAUUCCAGGGCGGGGUCGUAUUUGCCUGGAAUUGCCAGUGUGAAGGCACUGCAUUCACCAUACAGCCCGGGGACUAUAUCGUCCGUGUGAACAGCGUCUUCCGUGAUAUAAAGGCCAUGAUGGAAGAGAUGAGAGCGAAGUCCGAACUUCUCGUAACAUUACUGAGGAGGAGGGCUCCGGAUCUUACCGGUGCUGCGACUGGGCAGCUUGGUGGAAAGAUGGGCCUUGGUGGGGGCGAGGUCGGUCUUCCUAGCAGGGGCAUCCACAUGCAGGAUGCUCUUUCUAUGCCACCAUCCAGGCUUCCGCCGUAUGGCGGCGCAAAUGACAUGGAUCUUGCAAAUAGCGGCCUUUGGCAGGACGAGAGUCAAAGUCGCAGGCAACAACCCACACCCUCGGGGCAGCCUUUCACGUUUCAGGUGGACAUUGAGAAGCCACUGGGCACCAAGCUCGGCAUCGAUGUGAUGCUCGUGACCGGGCAUGGCUCCUGUGGCCUACUCGUGGGACAGGUAGCUAACGGGAGCUAUGUAGAUCAAUGGAACAGGCGCAAUCAAUGGCCCCUACAGAUUCAAAAAGGGGACCUUAUUGUUGCUGCCAAUGGCAUCAAUGCAUGGACCUCCCUGCCAAGGAUGGCGCAGGAAUUUGAUGUUGACGUUCAGAGAGUAUGUUUCACAGUACAGCGGUCAGCUGCAGCAAUGCAAAGCUCGGCACCUAUGAGUUCGUCAUCCAUGGCUUCGCCUCAGAUUGCAUCACCGCAUAUGGCUUCUUUGACCUCUUCUGGACUUGAUGUGCCAGUAGAAAACAGCUGGUGGCAUGGCAUGUCCGGGAUGGCUCCCGGAAACUGGGUUAAGCCCCUGGGCACCUCACCUGUGCCACAGGAAAGGUCGAGCAAAUCUGGAAUCCAGCCCGUGCAGCUCAAUGUCCCCAGCCGCAGUGCCUACGCGCAACUGCCGGCACCCGACAUGGCCGAGGAGUUCGUGAUGCCCCCGGGACUGGGUAGCAUGGGCCAAAAUGCCACGAAUCCUGUGGAGAUGCAGCCUAAGGAGACUGCAAACAAGAUGCCCAUCAAGAUUCCCGAGAUGGCAUCAGCAAAGCCGAGCCGGGAAGCGCGGCCCACGCCCGAGGCGAACGCCGCUGCGGAUGCAGCAGAGGCCACAGCCACGGCCAUAGCAGCAGCAGUGGUCGAGGACCUGGGAUUGCAGGAGGGCAGGCAGGAAGCAAAGUCCAAGUUGCCUCCAGCAAAGCUUCUCCUAUGCACUUUGCAACUUAAUGACGAGGACCUGACGCACGUACUACAGGAAGCGCUUGGUCGCCGCCCUUGGCUCGCCACGCCUGUCAAGCAGGUGAUGCGGGAGCAUUCGGCCACAAACCGCGGAGCACAGUGA